AUGGAUGUGUGCACAAAUCCCGCCCUUCCCCGCCCCUCCCGCCGGGCCGGCCCCGCGCAUGCGCACCACAGCAUCCACAGCGGAGACGGCAGCCGCGGCUCCUGCGCGCUCCGGGACGCGUUGGCGGCGACGGGGGAGGCAUCGGGAGGCGGCGGGCGUGCCCGGGUGGGGCUGUGCCUCCUCUGCGGGCUGCCGGCCGCCGGUAAAUCCACCCUGGCCCGCGGUCUGACCCAGCGGCUGCCGCAGCGCCCGGGCUGGGCCUGCGCUCUCCUCAGCUGGGACCGACUCCUCCCGCCUGAAGCCUGCGGCCCGCGCGACACCGGGGCGGGGCCUCCGGCGCCGUCCCCAUUGUUCUCCCGCUGGAAGCAGAACCGGCGCGACCUGCUGCAGUGCCUGGAAUGCGUCCUGCAGGCGCUGGUCACCGGGGACCCGCUGUCACCCCCUGCCACUGCCGACCGGUCCGUCUGGGAGCGCGUCUUAGGCUGCUGCCGCGAGCAGGGGUUGCUGAGCUCCGCGGAAAGGGCGGCUGGAGCUGGGCCUGGGCCCCUCUUCCUCAUCUUGGACGACAAUUUCUAUUACCAGAGCAUGAGAUAUGAGGUGUACCAGCUGGCUCGCAAGUAUUCCUUGAGCUUCUGCCAGAUAUUUUUAGAGUGUCCACUCGAAUGCUGCUUGCAGAGAAACCGUCUAAGAAGUCACCCAGUGCCUGACCAGACAAUAUCUUUAAUGGCAACGAAAAUAGAAAUCCCUGAUCUGCAGAAAAACACUUGGGAACAGCACAGCCUCAUUCUGAAAAACUCUGACUGCACUUCAGAGAAUGAUGAGCAGAUAAUUAGUUUGCUGGCCACUGCUUUGGAAAAUCCAGUGCAGCAAAAUGAGGAAAACACUGAGCAAAAGGAAGCAGACAGAGUGCUCUGUGCAGCCAGUGCUGUCCAUCAGGCUGAUCAGAGCUGCAGGCGCCUCAUCUCUCAGGCAAUGAAGGAUGCAAAAGGCCAAAACGUGCUUCCGAGUGAGAUGAAGAGCCUGGCAGAAGAGCUCAACAGACUCAAAGCAGAGUUUUUGGAAGGCUUGCGGCAAGGAAAUAAUUUGAAAAACCAAAUGAACACACAAAAUCAAUGUUCUGACUCUCCCACGAGUGUGAUUUCUUCAUUCCAACAGGAGGUAGCCAAUGUAGUUAAUAAAUAUGUUUUAAAAUAAUUAAAACAGAAUGGUUUUAAGAGUCCAGUGUGUUUAAAAAGAGCUGAGAAACACAGCUGCUGUCUCUGGAGGCUUGUGCCUUCUCUAAGUCCUCUCCCCAUGUUGUGGAAGAGAAACAUUCCAGCAGAUUCUGACUGUGAAGAUCAAACCAACAGCAAAUCAUCCUGUAUUUGAAUUUCACAGAAUCACAGAAAAAAAAGAACACCUAAAAGUCCUCUUGUCCUGUUUUCCUGCUUACAGCAGGACUAACUUCAACCUGGAUCAGCUUUCUCAGAGCCUCUUCCAGCAGAGGUUUUGAAGAGCACCAUGGAGGGUGCCCUGUCCUGCUCUGCCAGAAAAAAUGAGUGUUUCUAGAGAAAACUGGACAUACCUGGGAAGGAACAAAAAAAAAACAAGAAGUGAGAUGGGUGGCUCUCAGCUUCUCUGCCUGUUUCCUUGACAGAAAUGGCAAAAAAACAGAAACUUGAGAGCUGCAGUCAUGUUCCCACACAUGUAGGAUUAACUUGGACAUCCAAAGGAACUUAAAAUUUGGGGCCACCUUCAAAAUGUCCAAUAUCAUAGAAAUUCCAUAUGAAGCAACAAGCACCUCACUGGGACAAAACCUCUGAUUUCAGACGUAGAAGUGCUCUUGAGAAGAAGGAAAGAUGAGUGUGAGGAAAUAAAGUUGAAAGAUGACCAAGUGUGCAAGAUUAACAGUGAAAAGGAAUGAGAGUGUCCUGGUUCAGCUCUGAAAUGAAGCAUUUUCACAUCAAACAUAAAUGAACUGUUCCUUGCUUACCCAGAAGGUAAGGUUACCUUCCUGCCACAGUUCACCAGUUCCACCUGUUGAAGCAGAUGCAAUUAAGAAUUAACAUGGGACUUAAUUAGAAAGUGUUAUUUUAUUCAUAUCUUACAAAAGCAAAGCUUCACAACAUGAACUACACUAGAUAUAGUUAUUUCAGAAUUAGCCUUUUCAUCUGAAAACAUUCACUACACAAUAAAAUUUAUUUUACAACUCUAACAGGCUUAAUUUUUUUUUUUUUUGCAUACAAAAUAUGCUCUUUACACUGAAAUACAGAUUAUUAACAGAGCAAGUACUUCUAAGCACAUA